GAAAGAGCAACGGAAGCUCCGCCCUUCUCGCCAGAGGGCAAGGGAGCUCUCCGUGCGAUUGGUUGGGAACGGAAUUCACACGCGUGCUACCGCUUUAUUUUCAAGGAAAUUCCACAGCCUUUCGGUCAGAAAUUCCAUAGCCUGAUCGAGAGGAUAAGAAGAUGAUUGCUUCCGUGAGGCCGUGACAGAGGGAGGGAAAGAGGACGCCUCGCCCUUUUGAAAACAAAAUCUCGACUCGGGACCUAUUGCGGUAGGGGCGGAGCGACAAUUCUCGCGCUCGGACCAGCUGCAGCUGCGCAGUCACAUUUCCGUCCCCGCCCCCGAUAAACUGCAGAACGAUCUGUCAUGGUGGCCGGGAUGUUAGGUUUGUGCGGCCGCCGCCUUUUGGCGGUGGCGGCGAGGCGAGGGCUCCCGGCUGCCCGUGUUCGCUGGGAAUCCAGCUCCUCCAGGGCUGUGAUCGCCCCGUCCGCUGUGGCGGGAAAGCGGCCGCCGGAACCGACUUUACGCUGGCAGGAGGACCCAGAUCCCGAGGACGAAAACCUCUACGAGAAGAACCCAGACUCCCACGGUUAUGACAGGGACCCUGCUGUGGACCUCUGGAACAUGCGGGUCGUCUUCUUCUUUGGCUUCUCCAUCAUCUUGGUCCUUGGCAGCACCUUUGUGGCUUAUCUGCCUGACUACAGGAUGCAGGAGUGGGCCCGCCGGGAAGCUGAGAGGCUUGUAAAAUACCGAGAGGCCAAUGGCCUCCCCAUCAUGGACUCCAACUGCUUCGACCCCAGCAAGAUCCAGCUGCCAGAGGAUGAGGACUGACCGGUUACUGAAAGGGGCUUAAGAAGCACCACCUUCUCCACCCCUUGUCUGCUAUUCUGCCCUCUCUUCAGAGCACCUAAUUAAAGGGACUGAAA